AUGCAGAAUGUCGAGAUUAAUGGCGAUGACUUGCAGGUAGCAACCUCACCAUGCUUGGAAAGUGUUACGUUGCGAUACGAAGCCAAGGAGGAGGAAUUUGAGAAUUACAACUAUGAUGCUUUGCUGGAGAUGAUCGCGGGCGCUGCCCCAAAUCUGCGCCAUGUCACAUUGGAAUCUGGUGGAGAAUAUCGAUGCACCCAGGGCCACACCAAUUCCACCGACCCCAACUUACAACAUCCAUGGGGCCCUCGAAAACCAUGGCGAGCCGAUAUAUUCCCGAAACCGCAACCGCCUUCUUCGAAAGCCUUGAAAGGCUUGGACAUUCGCCGCUGGAUGAACAAAAAUGACCUCAUCGUGCUAAGCAACAAAACAGACUUCUCGCUGCUCCGUAGUCUUCAUAUACAAGCUGGCGUAGAGGAACUUUGCUGGCUGACAUGUCGUCUCUCUUCUCUACAAACAUUGGAUAUCAAUCUUGGUGAAAGGAAUGGCAUCAAUACGGAAGAGCUACAUCCGGCGACAAAGACAUUCUUCCUGUCCCUGCCACCUCUCAAACACCUGACGCUCAGAGGAACAUGGACCAGCGACACUCUCGAGGUCAUCUUAGGAAGACACGGCCCGACAUUACUCAGCCUUUUCUGCCCUGUUUGCACCUCACCGAUUGAUGUAGAGCUAGUGCAAGCGUGUUGUACUGUCCUAGAAGAGCUUUCGAUUCCUAUCCAGCGAACCCAGGGCGAUUUUCAAGAAGUCGCGAUGUAUCGAGCUCUUGGACAACUUCCCGCCCGCACCGUGACUCUCUCCUUACGCCAAACAGAUCCCGUACACACACGCAAGCACUUUAGCGAACGCCGGCAGCUCUGGGAUCCCGUGAAGCCGUUGCAUGCCCAUUUUAGCGGGGACGAGAUCCGCGAUCUCCUAGUCAAUUGCGCUGUUGAUGAGGACCUCUCCCAGAGUAUCUUUGUUCAGAUAGCUUCACGCAGGGAGCAAAUGGGUCUACCAAUCUUGGAAACUCUCAACCUUCAUCCAGAGAAUCUCAGUCCUUUGUUCUUCCGUCAUGGAUAUCCCAGAGCACUCCUGCUUCCAAUCGCCCACCUGUAUCGAUCGUGGUCGUGCGUGCGCAACCCAAGAGAUGAUUGUGCGACAACUAUGUGUGCAGUCAAGCGAGGGCCACCGCCAGGCUCAUCGCUCCCGCCGGGCGUCACACUGACCUUGGGUGUAGAUCCUGUAGGGGAGUGUAUCAAACGAGGCCUGGAUUAUGACACACUUGACCCAAAAGUCGAGGAAGUCUUGAGGAGGAUUUGGCCUGGAAGUAGCCCCUGGCAAGAUAUCUGCCACAGUCUGCCGCUUGCUGGCCAGACUGAGUAG